UAGCUUAGAAGAAGCAUUAUUCAAAUCAGAGAAUUCAUGAAGAUCACAUUAGCAGCAUUUGUCCUUCUAGUCGCCUUGAGCACAAGGCCCCUUCUUGGAGCAGCCGAUGCAGCGCCGGAUCAAGUCAUCGAUACCUCCGGCAAAAAGCUCCAAGCAGGCGUCCGUUACAUCGUACUUCCAGCUCCUCAGCCCCCAGGCGGCGGCGGGCUCGCUCUAGCAAGCAUUGGAGAAAAAUGCCCACUUGACGUUGUGGCGGUGCUCGGCGAUCCGGGCCUAGGCGUGUCAUUUACACCUGUUAACUCCAAGAAAGGUCGCAUUCGUGUGUCCACUGAUCUGAACGUCAUGUUCUCCGCCAACACAGAUUGUCCUCAGUCCAACGUGUGGAAGCUUGACGAUUACGAUAAUACCACUGGACAGUGGUUCGUGACAACAGGUGGGGUUGUGGGGAAUCCUGGGAGGCAAACAGUGAGGGAUUGGUUCAAGAUUGAGAAGUAUGAAGAAAGUUAUAAGUUCGUUUACUGUCCAAGUGUCUGCACAAACUGUAAGGUUCUGUGCAAAGAUAUCGGAAUCUAUGCGAACAACCAUGGAAAUCGGCGUCUUGCCCUGAGCGAUACGCCGUUCAAAGUUCAAUUUCUAUGUUGUCUUUAGAAGGUACGACAAUAUUCAAUAAGAAAAUAAGUUCAAUAAUAAUGUAAUUUGUCCUUUGAGGGACUCUAUUGUUGCCGUUGUUCAUAA